GGUGUGCAGCCAUGGGGAAUGCUACUGCACUCAAUGAGGAUGGGAAGGCGAUAUACCGAGCAAUGUUAUCCAGAUUGCCAUCCCAAACAACUAUGGAUGAUGAUAUCGUCCCAGGGGGUGAUAUCAGACAACGGGGGAAUGUGUGGCUGCGGUCUGCAUUUAAAGCAUCUGCCCUUUCAAAGGUCCCUAGGGAGAACCAGUUUCGUUUGGCUGUGGGGAAAAUCAUGGCCAAGAAAAAAAUUGGACUACAUGUCCAGGAGGAAGAGCGCAAUGAAUGGAUCCGUCAGCAGGUCUUCCAUUGACCAAGCGGAGACCCUACCCUUGGAGUUGGAUAUGGAUGUUGGUGAUGAAGUACCUCAUUUUGAUGAAACAGAUUUGAAACAGCAUGGUGAUACUUCGGUAGCUGCAGAUGGUCAUCUGCAUGAAGCUUCGGAGUCAGAGAUCACGACCGACGAUGAGGAUUUUGGG